UGUGUCAUGGGGUGCUUCGGCAGCCAAAGCAGUAAGGCCAGUCAGGAUGAUAGCAAGAACCAGAAGAGACGCUCGGAUGCCAUUACUAGGCAACUGCAGAAGGACAAGCAAGUCUAUCGAGCUACUCAUAGGCUCCUUUUACUCGGAGCGGGAGAAUCUGGGAAAAGUACGAUCGUCAAACAGAUGAGGAUAUUGCAUGUCAACGGUUUCAGCGAAGCAGAGAAGCGGCAGAAAAUCGAAGACAUAAAGAAGAAUAUCAGGGACGCGAUACUGACGAUAACCAGUGCUAUGAGCACGUUAACGCCGCCCGUGACGUUGGAGGAUCCUGCAAAUCAGAGUAGAGUCGACUAUAUCCUGGACGUCUCGUCAUCCCCGGACUUUGAUUAUCCCGCGGAGUUCUAUGAAAUCGUCGAAACAUUAUGGAAAGAUCGAGGUGUUCAGCAAAGCUUCGAGAGGAGUAACGAGUAUCAGCUCAUCGACUGCGCCAAAUAUUUUCUAGACAAAGUAGCUAUUGUAAAACAACCGGACUACACGCCAACGGAGCAGGAUAUCCUGAGGUGUCGAGUCCUUACGUCCGGUAUCUUCGAAACCCGGUUUCAGGUGGACAAAGUAAACUUUCACAUGUUUGACGUUGGCGGACAACGAGACGAAAGGAGAAAAUGGAUACAAUGUUUCAAUGACGUAACGGCGAUCAUAUUUGUAACAGCAUGUAGUAGUUAUAAUAUGGUACUCAGGGAGGACCCGACGAAGUUGAGACUCCGGGAGAGCCUCGAUCUCUUCAAAAGUAUUUGGAACAAUCGAUGGCUCCGCACAAUUUCCGUGAUUUUAUUUCUAAAUAAGCAAGAUCUCUUGGCGGAGAAGAUAAAGGCAGGAAAGCAUAAAUUGGAGGAUUAUUUUCCUGAGUUCUCUCGUUAUCAAACGCCAGUCGAACCUGGCGUAGUCACAGAUCCCUCAGAACCGCCUGACGUCUUAAGGGCCAAGUACUUCAUCAGAGAUGAAUUUCUCCGUAUAAGCACAGCCAGCGGAGAUGGUAAACACUAUUGCUACCCGCACUUCACUUGUGCCGUUGACACCGAAAAUAUCAAGAGAGUGUUCAACGAUUGUCGGGAUAUCAUUCAGCGGAUGCACUUACGCCAGUACGAGCUCUUGUGACUUCAUUCCCGCCGACGUGUUGUCCUGUCGAGCGUUCGUCUUACUAUUUGCUCCUGCAGCUCCACCACCACGAGCCGUUUCGAGCCAUAUGAGAGAAGCUAUAUUGCUAUUAUCUCGUAUGGCUAAGGAUAUAUCCUCGUGCCGCGAAAUAGUAUGGCAAGCCGUAUCGGUAGAACGCGAACGAAACGACCUCGUCGCACGUGAGAAAGUAUACAUACAACGUCGAGAGAAGAAGGAGUAAGCCCUCUCGUCGAGUAAGAAACACUUUUUUCUCUGCUACGGGACAUAUGCUUCGUUAGUUUUCCCCAAAUGGAAUUUUCACGAUUCAUGGGGAAAAAUAACGGAUCUCCUAUGCCGACGAAAAAUACGGAGGAAAGAACUUUUCUCUCUGUGAAAGCGUUGUACGAGCCCUGAUACAACGCGUGUACCACGUCCUGCUCUCCAUCUCCAAUCUUGCUGUCCUUUGCAAUAUAGAGAUAUUUUGACAUGUACUUUGACAUAUUCGGCCAGUCCUUUCUCCUUUUUUUCUGUUUUUUUUUUCUUCUUUCUUCUUUUUUAGAUUCGAGGAGAGUGUGCUGAAUGGCUGAGCGGCCACCCUUACACCGGCCACUGAUAACUCGUGCAAUUCUAAUUAUUAUCUCGUUAAUUUUAUUUUUAUUACAUAUCAAUUCGUUGAUAAAAGCAAGGGGAAGAUAAGCAAGGACCGUGAUAUAUAUCUCCUAGAUUAUUAAUAUUUAUCACAAGCUGUAUGCAUCGUCCUCUGCAAAACGUAUGUUCUUCUACACAUGUUCAAUACACUAUCUAAACGUCGCGGCUCGGUUUAAAUGGUAAGAAUAUUUCUUAAGGACAUUGGCCAUCUCUUUCUCUCUUUUCCUCUCUCUCUCUCUCCCUCCCUCUUUCCAGAAUAUAUAUCUUUUCGUAUCUUUCUUAGAAAGGGAAAUCAAUCGAAUCCCUAGAACCGUCGAAAUAUUCCCUCUGUUUCGAAUCUCUGCUUCUUUCUCUUUUUCUUUGUUUAUUUGUCAUUGUUGUCGUAUUUUACAAUUUUAUCAGAAUCUCCCCAUAUCUCUGGCAAUUCAUUUUCUAUUUCCGAAUCUCGACUUUUAAUCGUAUCAGUCCGACCCACGGUAGUCUCAUUCGUACCAUUUUAUGAGAAGAGUAUUUUAUGAGAUUUUACAGUAUUUCGAAGAGCGUUUUAAUUAUAUGUACAAACUAUGUAUCAAAUAUGUACAGGGUGACCGUCCAUGAAUUCAUCUUUUUUAUCUGUUUCCUACGACACAAGGAUUCCUCGUUAUAUGUCAUAUUUUCUACUGGUUUCCGUCAAAAGAUAAUUUUAUAACGUGUAUCUAGAUACAUAACGAUACUAAUAUAUGUAGCUAUUACGCGUGUAUCCAAAUUAAUAGAGCAAAUGCACCACGUUUAAGUUUCUUGUUAUACCGGUAUCACGUUCUCUCUCUGAAUUUAAAAUGAGAGUACGUUGAUAGAUAAUAACAUACGUAAAUUUAAUUAUGAAAAGAAAAACGUACGUUUUAAAUUAAACUGUCAGGAGAGAAUAUGUUCGUUAUCCCCUAGUGUAGCUUUUUAAAGAUGAUUAUUCUUUUGUCUACGCGUUUAUUUAUCUUUCCCUUCUACUAACUUUGAAAAAAUACGAAAAUUCGAGCCAAGUAUCCUGUCCUACGAAAUGUGACGAAGUUUGUACUUUUCUUUUUGACAUUUGGGACACCCUGUAUAUGGAAAAAAUUAUCCUAUUUUUUUUUAAUGAUUCCGAUUACGUAGCUUUUUUUUUAAAUAUUACAUAGCGAGACGACAAACGGGUCUCUGGGCUGUUACGAUGUUACAAAAAUCGUGCGCGAUGCGAGAAUACAUCGUAUGUAAAGUCGUUGUUAUUUCUUACGGUUAAAGACAGAUGGCUGGCACUGAAAAUGCGUCGUUGGCACAGUCCUCUAGGUGCUCUUCUUCCUUUUACGUUUCUUCGUUUCUUUCUGAAUUUUCUUGGGCAUAAUGCGAUAGUCUGCAUCUUAUAUUUUACUUUAUCGAUUAUACUUUUUUAGAUCAACGAGUUUUCAAAGAUUUCACAUCUUUACAAGAGAAUAGAAAAGAGUAAUAUGAGCGAUAUUUAUAUAAAUAGUUUCUCUUAUAUAAUAAUAGUUUAUUUUUAAUCUCUUAGAAUGUUCAUAGAACAUUCUUCUUUUCAGUGUAAAAACUCUCACUACGCUGUAUCAAGUAUUGUUUUUAAUCAAUUCGUCUUAAUCCUUUUUUGUUACGCAGUAAAAUACAAACAACAAAAGAAUAAAGGUCCCGGAUAUCGUGUACAAUAGGCAUCUAAGUACGAAGACUAACACUCGUAUCCUCGCGAGUACUCUAAGUAGUUUUAUUUCGUUUUUAAAUUCCUUCGCUUUCCGUAGUACUUUCGCUCGCCUCUGAACGAUCGUUCAAGCCUCUCUUAGUACUCGAGACUAAUAGAAUACAGAAGAGAAAGAAAUAGAAAGGGAAGGAAAGAAAAGGAAGUUAUAUCGUCAAACUGAUGCAGUUGGAUAAACUGGAAUUUGUCGAUAAAUGAAAAAAUGUUAAAGCGUUAAAAAGGAUACUCUAUAUAUGUGUAUGUGUCCACAUACAUAUGUACAUCCGCAUUAAGUGUACUUUUGUGUAUCGAUUUGAUGGGUGCACUCACACAUACUUAUGUGUAUCAAUCGUACUAAAUACAUUAAGAAACAAGUCAUAAUCCCUACUUUUAUUUAUAUCUUUUUGAAGCACUAUUUUUAUCGUAUUCGUUAAGGUGCAUAAUAAUAAAAAAAUACAAGAGAGUAUGUAAGUUCAAUGAGGAAAAGAGAGAAGAGUUUGGUUUGCGAGUAUAUAUUCUCCAUAAACUUCAUCGACACCUAACUAUAUAUAAUCUGGACAAAUAAAUUCAAAAGAAUCUGUAUUUUAUGUAUGCCUGUUGUAUGUUAGUAGUAUCGUCAUGAGAGAAUUACUUAGUUCAUCAAUUAUAGACGUUGAAAAGAAAUCUUUUCCCUGUUUUUUAGAUAAGAGAGUAAUUACUGUCCGUGUAAAGUAAUCGAGUGAGAAUACGAAAAAGAGCGUAUAAAUUUGCCUUUCAUCUAGGCGAGGUUCUCUCUCUCUCUUUCAUUCUCUCUCUCCCCCCUCCCUCCCCCCCCCCUCUCUCGGAUGAGAAGAAGAAGAAAACAGAAAUAUGUACCGUUUAACAAACGAUACAUUUUUUUCAGUCUUCGAGAAACGAUUGUAUGAGAUGACGCACACACACAUACUUUUUCUUUCUUCUUAAAUAUAACCGUUCAUAAAAAUAUUAAUACUGAUGUAUAGAAUAAAUGAAUAAAAUCUAUAGAAAGAGUAAAUGAAAAAAAAAAGAGAGAGAACCGAAGAACUGUUAAUAGUGUGUAAUUGCAUAUUAAUCCGUCGUCUGGAAUCCCCGGCCGCAAUGCUAUGCCACAAAAAGACACUGGAUAUUGCUUUACAAGCCAAUAAAGAAAAAAGAAAAAAAUUAUUAAAUGUAAUUAUGGUUGCGUGUAUGUCUCUACGUAAACGAAUCCGACAAAUACCGAAUUAGCAGCUUGUAGGUAUAUGGCCCCGAGACUAAUACCAAUGUAUAUUAUAUAUAUGCCGAUCGCACAAGUUUUUUCUUUCCUUCUACUACCGUUGUGUACGUACAGUGAAAUGGUUGUGUGAAUAUGUAUCUAUAUGUUUAUCGUGGUGCAAGCAAUUUUUAUUUGUAAAUACACAAAUCACGGAUUCGUACAAGAUACCUAACGAAUAAUAUUAAUAUAUACAACAUAUGUAUACACAUUCAUUUGCUCCGAAGAAGCAAACCGAAUAAGGGAGAAAAGGAAAAGGCAUGUCUCCUGUAAUUCUAAGAUUAUUAUUGUAUAUUAUGCGUGUAUGAAGUGUACCGAUAAUGAUUGUUCGUGUAUCGUUCGCAAGUAUACCAACAAACGCUUAUACCGGACACUUGUAAAAACUUAGAGAAAGACGUGCUAUAUGCUAUAUGAUUCCACAUGCAUGCGCACAUGUCACACAAAACACGCGCGUGUGCUCGUAAGAAAAUAUUUAAAAGGAAUAGCAUCAAACGAACUUGCGUCAGGGCUGUGUUUAUGAAGAGAAUCAGCCAUUUGAUCUCAAAAAUGUGAUAGGAACGAUUAUCUCCUUAGGUAAAAGUGUGUAACUUGUUGUUUGCAAACGUGCUUGUCGUCUCAAAGGUUAAUUGUAAAAUGGUUAUUUUUAAUGUUAUUCGCAAGAUAUUUUCCUUCGCUUUUUAGGCUUUGCUAUCAAUUUGCUUUGCAAGCCUGAUUGUUAUUGAUUUAUAUUAGCCUUAAAGAACGAAAGUAAAGAUAUAGACCGAUUGGACAUAAUUGCGGUGCGAGGUAGAGUUGUAUAUAGCAAUUUAAUGUGUCUUGCGAUGUGUCGUUAUGGAGGGUAUAACUAUGUUCAAUUAUAUAAUUCGGACACGAGAAUGGAAUCAGGCAAUAUAUCGUAGCUUUUUCUUCAACGUUACUUCACACAAAACAUCUAUAUACUACUAGUAUUAUUAUUACUAUCAUCAUCAUCAUCAUCAUCAUCAUCAUCAUUAUUAUUAUUGCUAUUAUUAUACUAUUAUUACUAUUCAGCGAAUAAGCAAAUAAUUCGUCUACUUUUUAAUCAAGGAUAAACGAUCUUCAUUUGUUUAACAAUUUUUAAUCGAUGAAAAAUUGUUUUUACACAGUCGAAGUUUAUUAAAAUGAAUUCUAUAUAUUAUCUUGUUAUUAUCGUCAUCGCCAGGUUCGAUGACAAUCAUUUUUUUACUAAAACGCAAAGGGAAAUGAGAAUGAAAUUUAAAAAAAAAUAUUAGCCUAGAAAAUGAUUUAUGUUUAUGUCAUGUAAAAGGAUAAAUUAUUAUUAUUGUUGUUAUUGUUAUUGUUAUUAUUAUUAUUAUUAUUAUUAUUAUUAUUAUUAUUAUUAUUAUUAUUUCUAUUAUUAUUACUAUUCUUCUUCUUCUUAUUAUUAUUAUUUCUAUCAUCAUCAUCAUCAUUAUUACAGUUCUAAAGAGAGAAAAAUUCUUCCGUUCUUAAGAAUUUCUUAAUCGUGUAUCGUCUUUGUCUGUAUAUUUCUAACUUCCACUCUUCUUAUUGUAACUUGAUUUCUAUGUCAUAUAUAUACACGCGCGCACGCACGCACGCACGCAUGCACGCUUGAAUUUCAUUUUCUAAACUAAUAUUUGCUCAUGAAGCUUGGAAAAGAAAGAUUUUUAUUUAUUUGUUCUAAUCUAUUCGCAAUACUUCCAAUCUGAGACCGCUCAAAUAUGAGAGGAUUGAGAGAAAGCUACUUGUGCCUCGAGCGCGCCAACUCUAUCCUAUAAAAUAUACAUUAAGUAAUCAAAAUCGACUGCGAGUGCGUUUCGCGUUAUUGUAGAUAAAUAUGAUGGUAUAAUUUUUAAUGGAGAAUAUGUGUGUGCAGUGAUUAAUCGUUGGUGCUGUUCGAAAAGUGAUUUUCUUUUUAAAUCUUCCUAAUGCUGUUCAUGCAAGGAGCAAGAAAAACAGCGUCAUGUUUAGAAAGAAUCAUUAUCUAAAAGUUUCCAAAAUGUGUAAGUUCAAAGAUAGUAAAGUGACAAAACUAACAAGACGCUAUUAUUUAUAAAAGAGUAUAAUAUUUCAACCAUUUACAUACCUGUGCGUUACGUAAUAAGAAGGAUUAAUCCUUCUUCAAAAAUUAAUCCUCUACAAAAUUCAGAGUACAAUUCGCAUUCUAUCUGACGAUUAAUGAAUAGACAGCCAAGAUAAAGACGGAAGAUCUUGUAAAGAAAAAAAAAAAAGAAAAAAGAGCCAAAAGUAAAAAAAGAAAAAAAAAUAUAUACAUAUUACACAAAUACAUCCCGAAAAAGAAAAGGAUUCACUUUUCGUUCUGGCAAUAACGCAAAGGCGAACGAUCACUUAAUUGUUCGUACGUAAAUGUGUACAAUGUGUCAAAUGUGAGCGAGAAAUGAAACCAAAAUGGAGUUACCAGCUCGUUAAUAUUACAUCUCCUAAAUCAUCUCCUUCUCCUGUACCUUUAAUUAAUUCGUUGUUGAGUGUCUCUUAGAGAAAAUGUCUAGCUAAAGACUUAAAAUGGAUUAUUCUCACUACAUAAAGAAAGAGAAGGAGAAAAAAAUGAAAGGAAAAAGGUGAAGAAAGAAACAUUAAUAGUAAUUUUAAUGAAAGCAGUUAUUUAGGAAGAAAGCAAAUCCCACACGAAACGUAGAUAUGAUCUGAAUGAAUGAUUAAAUUUGUGAAAUUUAUGUAGAGAAUCAAAUUAAUGUUGUCUAUCUUACGAUUCUCAUGUUCUCGAAACUCAUUGGCACGUGCUUCUAGAAAUUCGUAUGAUUAUUAAAUAAUUUCAAACAAUGACCAUUCAAUAGAAGCAUAGAGAAAGAGAUAGAAAAAAAAGAAAAAGAGAGAGAGAGAGAGAGAGAGAGAGAGAGAGAGAGAUAAAGAUAAAAACAUAACAUUAUUAUACAAAUUAAACACGAAGCAACAAGAUUGCAUCUCUGCAAAUAAUUCAGGAAUGAAACUUUUGGUGCCAUAUUAGUACGAAUCGUGAGGUGGAUAUAUAGUAAAUAUAUUAAAUAAAUAAAAAUAAAGGUGUGUGUGUGUGUGUGUAUAUAUCUUCAUAAUAUACAGGAUGUUAACUUGAAACAGAUUAUCUAAAUAUCUUCUCUAUUUAUAAUGAUACUUAAAUAAAUAUUUCUUACGUAAUUUAAACAGUUUCAAUACACGAAUCAGAUGAAAAAUCUUUUCUAUAGACGUCAUUUUCUAAUGACUUUUUCAAGAUUGUUUUUUUUCUUUAUAUAUAUAUAUCUUUUUGUAUUGUAUAUUAUAGCUAAUAUUACUUUACAUUAAUUCAUGUAUAAUGGUAUGACCUUGAAUUCUAAAAUAUUUAAAUUAGUAUGGAAUUUACUUUCAGCGACAUAUCGGGUUCCAACGGAAGAUCGUAAAUAAAUAUAUUUAUUAUUGUAAUAAAUGUUUAAUAUGAUAUCCUUCUGCUGUGAUACAAUCUGUGAACAGAUUGCACAGCCUUUUCGAUAAUUUCAGGUUUACUAUCAUAACAAGCACGAAUAAUUUAUUCCUUCAUAUUUUCUGGCAUUGUAAGUUGCUCCUCAUAAGCUUUACCCUUUAAUGUUUUUCAAAAAGAAAAAUUAAUCAUACUGAAAGAUCUAGCAGUGAGCAAAUUCUUGAGUAUCUCCAAAACGAUAAUAAAUAUAUUUAUUUACGAUUCCAAUUAAUUGAUCGAUUUUCUGUUAUUGUUGAAACCUGGUAUCUCGCUAAAAGUUAGUUCCAUACUAAUUUUAGAAUUUUAUAAUCCGAUCAUUUCAAAGUUAUAUUAUUAUACAUGGAUGAUACGGUAAUAUUAGCUAUACAUACAAAAGAGAAAAAUGUGUGUAUAUAUAUAAAAAAAAACAUCGAUGACCUUGAAAGAAUCAUUUUAGUGACAUUGUACAAAAAAUUUUCUUCCGUCUGAUUUGUCUUUAAAAUCAUUUAAAUUACAUAAAAAAUAUUUUUCCUAUUGUCACAGAUAAAGGAGAUAUUUAGGUGAGCCAUUUUAAACGAAACACUAUAUAUAUACCGAGUAUAUCAUCUAACUUUAUUAUCUAAAAUAUUUUUGUUAUUUUUGACUUUAUGGAAAAAGUGUCUAAAACAAAAUUACACUAUUUCAAGGAGCACAUCUGACGGUGAAGAAUAUUUUUCCUUGAGAUUAUCUUUUUACGAAAUUUUAAGGUCAUCGAUAUUUUUUUAAAUAGAACCAUGUAAUUCGUUGUAUUUGCUAGUAUAUAUGUACAUACAUUAUUGUACUUUCGAAGAAAAUAUUGUGAAUAUGUAGUCUACCUUCAAUCAUGCAUCUUUCUCUUUUAACAUUUCUUUCUAGGUUCAAUCAACAAAAAAUACUUAUUACAGUUACAUGAACCUUCAAACAUUUUUUUAAAUAUUUUGCGAACUGAUCAUUUUUUGACAUUAUACUCUAAUAUUUUUUUAUUCAAAAUGGCACGAGGAAUCAAUUCAAGUAAAACAAAUUCAAGAAAAUUUCAAAAAAGUGACUGAAAAAGAAUUCUUUCCGUCAUUAAAUAUGCCUUUUGAAAAAAUGUAACUUUAUCUUAAGCAUUUUUUUCACAAAACAGAAAAUAAUGAAAAUAUUUUGAAUGAUAAAAUUCAGUGGUACAUCUGGUAUAAGUAUUAUAUAAAUAUAUAAAUACAAUUCUUUAAAUCAAUUGCCGUUGAAUGAAUGCUCGCUUGUGUGCGAGUAGUGUGUACGAGAUGUGAGUAGUGAAAUAUAAAUAAAAGAUGUAUGUACGCAUGUAUGUAACUGCAAUCAUGUUUGUAGAUUAAAAAAAAGAUAUUUCAUUCUCAUUCUGUGAUGACUGUCCGAAUAUGAAGAAAAAAAAAUAAGAAAACUUUACAUAAAUAUAAACUAAUAAUUAAUCGAUUAAAUUAACUAAUAAAGGUGUAAUUAACAAUCGUUAUACUAACUUCGUAAGCAACCUUUUAAACGAGCGGCCACGUGUCUCCUUUGCAUAUGCACGAAAUAAGUGGACACGUUGGCUACCUGCUAGCGUAUGCGCUAACAAAAGAUAUGAACACAUACACGUUAAGUCUGGACACAGUAUGAUUUAUAUACUGUAUAAGUUUAGUCUUUUACCAUUGAUUUUGAAAAUAUAUAAAAGUUAUAUGUAUAAAUGAUUAUGUGUAAUUAAACAAAAAAAUCAUUUAGUAAGUUUUAAGGGUGGUGUGUGUGUUUUAUAUAUAUAUAUAUAUAUAUAUAUAUAUAUAUAUAUAUAUAAUGCAAAAGCAACUGCUACAAAGCCACUGUAUAAUACAUUUGUGUAACUGAAAUAGUAACGAUGCGAUUGUGGAAAAUUGUAACAAUAUAAUAAAUACUUACCGUAUGUCUUAUAUAAAUUGCAAAUGCUUUUGUGGCAAUCGAUUAGUCAACUUUCGGGUCCUGUUUCGAUGAUAGUUACUUACAUUUUACCGAUCCUUUCAAAUCAUAUAAUCGAACAGCCACUGAAAGAGCAUUUACAGUACGCACCAAAAAUGAGUUAUAUGUUGUUAUAUUUUUCAUUAUAUAAUACAACUUUUCCACAUAUUAAAUUCAAGGAUGUAAUGAAAUAUUUAGAUGCACAGGUAAGCUAUCAAAGCAUAUUUUAAUUUUCAAUUUAGUGUACUAUUAGAUGUCUAUUUAGAUAUAUCAGUUGUGCUUUUGAUUCCAGUGCAGUCAAUUCAGCAACGAUGGGUGCCAUUUGAUGUACGUGAUUCUCAUAAUUGGUUCCUAAGAACGAUAUGUUUUUAUAAAUAUAAAUACUGUAUGCUCAAAAACAUAAAACUACUCACCCAUAGCUGCUCUUUUUUCUCCAUAACUAACUUUUCCAUCAAAUUCAUUUAUUGGAACCUUUAUAUUUGAGCCAACUUGUUCAAUUGUUACAUUCAAAUGAUCUUCAAUGUCUGCCAGAUACUGUAAACACGAAUAAAGCUUUUUACUUAUUUACAGUUUAAAUAAA